AUGAAAUAUAUAAAAUCACCUUAUAUUUGUAGCCAUAUUGUAUCAAUUAUUAAACAGACUAAUAAAUUUCAUCUUUUGUACCUUAAUUCACGAAAUUAUUGCGAGUAUAAGUCAAUUUAUGAACGAGAUGAAGCAGGUCGUAAGCCGCGUAAAGUACAUGGUCAAGAAUACCCUGAAUGGAGACGACCCUGGGUAGAACGUGAAGGAGAAUGGAGUAGCAAGUUAUCUCUCUUUGUUGAAAAAAGCCCUAGUAUGCAUAUACUUAACGCUAUGCAAAACAUCCCUAAUUUAUCAUUUAAAAAAAUAAAAGACUGGUGGGCAGAGAUGAAAGUCAUUCAAGAGAUUCAAAAUCAAAUAUAUUUAGCUGAAAGGGUAGCAGCUUUAGGCUCUAAUUUAGCAGCAGUGCACUUUUUUACAUAUCGACAAGCAGCUGUGAAGGUGAAGGACAAACCUCAAUGGAUCCUCGGUGAUGUAACCACACUAAACCUGCCAAAUUCAUAUACUGAUGGAUAUUUUGUUGAAGCCAUAGAUUGCUCAAAUUUUCAUCACAAUGGAAUAAGAUAUGAAGGAAUUCAAAAUUUAAGUAACUUAAAAUAUCUGAAGUGGCUCUCUUUAAGAAACAAUAAAUAUGUUGAUGUGUGGUGCCUUGACAGAAUUGCUGGACUAAAUGGAGAUACUUUAGAGUUUUUGAAUAUAGAAGGGUGCAAAAUAUGUAUUGGUUGCAUAUAUGCAAUUGCAAGAAUGCAAGCACUAAAAUUUCUUGUGAUCAGUGAUCCUGGUGAUAAUGUAGAACUUCAAGCUGGAUUGUCUAUGCUUGAGCAAGAAAAACCAAAUCUUUUAAUUAAAGCUCAAGAUACUACAGAUGAAAUUGUAAAAGAAAUC